AUGGGGGCAUCAGAUUUUACCCACUUCUGGGGAGUUGGGAUUCUUAGAGCUGAAGUUCAUGAGAGAAGUCUGUCUGCCUUAACAUCAGAAGGAAUCAAUGAAGCAGAAGCCAAGUCUAGAGCAGUGCUCACCAAUCAUUUACUGGCUCAGUUGUUACCAUCAACUUCCAAUUACUUCUUAGAUCAAACAACAUCAGGAAUCACUGAUGUGUGUCCAUGUGGGUGUGGAGAGAAUAUUCAACAUGGAACUACAUACAUAGGAAAUCCCCGUCUGUUCUAUGGACCAGCUGACAUCAUUCUUUUCCAAGGCAGUAAUAACAUGUUCUUUAAUUUGAAGUUGAUAAGAGCAAGUGUGCCAUUUUCUCUUGGAGGAAAACAACACCAGAAAACAUGAAACACCUUCAAAAUGUAGACAACAAUAUUUAUGAAGAAAACGAAUCUAUGAAAAAAAUUUUUGAAAGCCAUGCAUCUUUAAGCAAUCUAAAUCAAAUAUUCAAGCAAGCCAUAGCAUUUUCUGUAUAUAGGUUCAAGGAGAUGACUUUAAAUAAGGAAUCAGUCUCACAUGUAUCAACAGGAAUAUCAAUGAUUCCAGUAUAUGCCAUUAAUGGAACUUCAUAUGACAUUGUAAUGUAUGAUACUCAAAACGAUUUCUCACUAAAAAUGGAUGCUGAUGGUGCAAAACUAUUUCAUGGUGGAAGAUUAAAGGUCUCUGCCAUUUUGGAUUUAUGGUUUGUGAUUUACCAUCAAUUAUUUUGUUCAUUGGCCCCAGCUGAAGUUUUAGCAGAUCUGAAAGGUACAUGCGGACUUAUUCCUCGUCUUGGUGAGAAAAGAUUUACAUCCAUUGUGAAAACAACUGAGUGGGCCUGUUUGAUAAUUCCUCAUGACAGGACUUCUCAUUCUCAGUUGUAUACUUUGUAUAAUUCCAGACCAGCUGGUGGACAAUACCUUCAAGUGUGUUGAACUUAACAUUUGUUUUCUUAAUAA